AAAUAAAUCCAUGUAUUCUGCAGCAGUUGUCUCAGUUCUAUGUUUUGUCAUCUUGACAUGGUUUCACAUCCUAAAAAGUUUAAAUUCCAGGCGGACAGGAUCAGCAUCGGGCAAGCUGCCUCCGGGGCCUCGCCCGUUUCCGAUUAUCGGAAACUUUCUCCAUCUCGGCCAGAAACCGCACGAGUCUCUUGCCAAGCUCUCCAAGACUUAUGGCCCUUUGAUGCAUCUCAAGCUCGGAACCAUAGACACAAUUGUUGUGUCCUCACCCGAAAUGGCGAAGGAAAUACUGCACAAGCAUGAUAAAGCCUGUUCGGGCCGUGCCGUCCCUGUUUCCGCACAAACGCUCGACCACCACAAGAUGUCGAUAGCCUGGUUACCAGCCGGGAAGAAAUGGAGGGUGCUGAGGAAAAUAAGCAAAGAGCACAUGUUUUCCAUAAGCCGGCUUGAUUCCAGCCAAGGCCUGCGGCAGGAAAAACUGCGAGAACUGCUUGACUAUGUGCAUGAAUGUUGUCUUAGCCGUCGGGUUAUGGAUAUUGGUGAAGCUGUCUACGUAACCUCCCUUAAUCUCAUGUCAGCAACGCUGUUUUCAGUUGAUUUUACAGGAUUUGAUUCGGGUUCUGCUCAGGAGUUCAAGGAAACUAUUACUGGCGUGGCGAAGAGCGCAGCAGCUCCUAAUAUUGCAGACUAUGUGCCUUGGCUGAAGAUGAUCGAUCCACAGGGUAUUAGGCGGCAGUCGAAGUUUUAUUUUUCUAAAUUGUUUGGUAUAAUUGAAAGUGUAAUCGCUCGAAGACUGCAAGCGAGAGGUACUCACUUUGGGUCUCCAGUGGAAAAAGAUUUGCUAGAAGCACUCCUUGAUAUCAGCCAGGGAAGUGAUUAUGACUUCAGCAGCAGUGAAAUCAAACAUUUACUUCUGGACUUCUUUGCUGCGGGAGUGGAAACGACAACGGUCACGGUGGAAUGGGCGAUGACAGAAUUACUACGCAAUCCGCGUGUAUUGUCAAAGGCUAAAAACGAGCUGAGGAACGUCGUUGGUGAAAAUAAGCAGGUCAAAGAAUCAGACAUAUCAAGCCUCUCCUACUUGCAGGCAGUGAUCAAAGAAACCUUAAGAUGUCAUCCUUCUGCUCGGUUUCUAGUCCCACACAAGGCAGAAACUGAUGUAGAAAUCAACGGCUACAUGAUCCCGAAAGACGCACAGAUACUUGUCAAUGUGUGGGCUAUUUGUAAAGAUCCUAAUGUAUGGUCGAGGCCAGAUUCGUUCGAGCCUGAAAGAUUUCUUGACCAUCAGAAAGACUACAAGGGCCGAGAUUUUGAGCUUAUUCCCUUUGGUUCAGGACGGAGAAUGUGCCCUGGAAUGCCGUUGGCUCACCGGAUCGUGCAUCUCAUGGUUGCUUCGUUGAUUCAUAUCUACGAUUGGAAAUUCGAAGGAGGAAUGAAAGUAGAAGAAGUGGACAUAAGUGACAAGUUUGAGCUCUCUUUACGGAAGGCAGUGCCCCUAAAGGCCAUCCCAACAAGAAAUGAAGCCUGAAUUUGAGUUUUGUUCAUGCUGAGAUCAUGUUACCCAUAAAUCAACAUAUAGCAAUUCAAAGCACAGUGAA